AUGGGCGGGGACGGCAUAUGCGACGUGAAUGCCAUGCUUGUGACCGAAGGCUACGGCCCCGUCGUGACUAGCCCCGUACACGCCGCUUUCGUGGGGGCGCGGAAACACACCAAUAACACGGCGGAGCUGUCAGCGCUUGCGGAGCUUUUUCGCUCACUACUCCACACGGCACCACGACCAGCAGGCUCACGAGGGGUGGUCCGAACGGACAGCGAGUACGCGAUGGCGUGUGCGACGGGGAGGAUCUCGCCGGGGGAGAACGCACAACUAGCGAGCUAUCUUAGAGCAGCGUGGCGGCAUUUAGCGUCGAGGCACGAAGUGACAUGGAGACACGUCAAGGGGCACAGUGGUCAUAAGUGGAACGACUACGUCGAUAAGCAAGCUGACCUCGGCAGGAGCGGCGCGAGGGAUUGCGACGCACCGGAGUGGCAAGACGAGUCUGUCCCAACAGACGCAGACGACGGGGAGAGCAGCACCGUGGGCGACGACAUGCCUAUCAACGGAGGAGCAACAACCAUCCCACUCGACGACAUCGGUGAUGGGGCCUCUAGCUACGCCGAUGACCCACCCGACUCCCCCGAAAACAAACCGCCGCCUAGCGCCCCGCCCGCGCCGCCAAAAGCCCCAGUCGUGGAGCAGGGGGUGAUAUGGAUUUCAUACACGCCGAGCGCGCAGGCGCGACACAUCGGAGACAACAAGGGGAUCCGACGUGAAAGAGCUAUCGACAUUGACGUUGACCCAGCCGAUUCCACCGAUGUCGACGUCAUCACCUCCGCGGCUACCGCGCUUUCGCUCGACGACACCGUGGAGAAUCGCACCGAGGACCUUGCCGAGGCGAUAGGCCGAAUCACUUUGGGCCCCGACCCCGCCCCCACCCCUCGGGGUGGGGGCACCCGCCCCUGUCGGGCACCGCUUGCGGCGCCUGGCAGGGGCACCCCAUGGGUGGGGGCCGGCGAUUCCCAUGCCGGCUCUCCGCCACAACCCCCGCCGGGAGGGAAUCCCUGCUCACAGAAAAGGGCUCCGAGCCCUGUCUCGCGCACGCCCCUGGCGGGCGCCGCGGACCAGUUCCGCGAGCGCUCGUCAGCGGGUGGUGUGCGGUUCUUGCCGUAG